AUGAACUCGAGAGAAUCUCAAGCUCAACAAAUGUUAUCCAUUCAUCGAUCCGCUUCACACACUCCGUCGAUGCUGGUGAAUGCGAAGAAAUAUCUCUCCGAUCGGCCACAAUUGCUCGAUUGUCCACGGUGCAAGCAUCACGGUGAGACAGAGAUCCGUUUCGUCGUCGGCUUCUUCACAUAUGUCUCCUUUUUGGUGAUUCUCAUUUGUGGAGUCUUCGUUUUGCCGCUUUUCUUCGUUUGGGUCCCAUUCGUUUUAGAUGCUUUCAAGGACGUCGAACACCAUUGUCCUCAAUGCAAAGCGUGGAUCGGCACAUAUCGUCGAUUGGGAAAAAGCACA